AAAGAUAAACGGAAGAUACGAUGAAUCACAAAAUUCACGUUCAAACGUGAUUUUCGAGUAAUACGAAAGCUUCGCGGAAAGUGAAAAAUUUCUUAUUUAAUACAAUUCUUUAAUACAAUUUCCCAUUCUAAUAAUAAACGAUCAUCCCAACAAUUGUGUCGAAUUGAUUCUAAACAAAAAUAUACAUAUUUCGUAUCGAGAAUGAGUUUACAAUGAUUCGUUGCACAAUUUCAAUUAUAAUCGUGUCACAAUCACCUUCUGCAAACGCAAAAAUGAAUCAUAGCGCAAUAAAGGGGGAUCGUUAAUCGAACAUCAAACAUUUUUCUACGUAGCAGGUGUGCCAAACUGCAAGGAAUAAUCAUCUAUGUUUGAUCAAGAUUCGCACGAGCAAUUGGUUGUUGAUCUACGUCACCCUUCUCACCCGCGUUCGAAGGACUCGUGAUAGAAAAAACGUGAUAGAAGAUGCAUCGAUAUAUCGUGAUUUACCAGGUCAGUUAUCACUUACCACAAAACGUCAUUGUACGAUUAGCAUGGGCCCGUUUGACGUCAUUAUUUCAUAUAAAUGCCGCAAGAAUGCAUUGUCGGGGCACAAACUUGUUACAGAGCUGUUUCGAGCAGAUUUGGUGACUUUUUCGUUCAGGAUCAAGAGAAUCGAGCUGAAAAUACGCGAAGUUUGUUUUUUUGGUUUUUUUUUUCUUUGUCGAGUUAAAGAUAAUUCUUAAAGCAUUCUCUUUUUGAAAAACGUGUUGUGAAGCUGUUAAAAAUUAUAAGAUUGAUCUUCGACUUCGAGGGAAGGCUUUACCGAUUUAAUAAGAUGAGGUCGAUCGUAACUGUCUAUCUUCUGGUUCUUCUUGGCUGCUGCGCCGCAUUUCCGGUCAAACCGGAAGACAAUAGCAGUCCACUCAUUACCAAUCCAAUUUUUCUCCAAGAACCAAUUAAUCUUGGAAACAAGGCUCAAGAUAACUCAUCUCCAGUGGCGUACAUACUUUUUCUGAGCAAAUUGGAUGGAUCGGAAAGAAAAUUCGAUGGCAUUUCGAUCGAGAAACGCAACGUGGAGGAAAAUGAAGACCUCGAAUCGGCAGCUGGUACUUACGCUCUUCGACCACUCUUCGUCUAUCGACAACAAGUGGCGUACAGGCAACGGCUUAGGAACAGCCGCCAAGGAAAUGGUUUCUGAAUGACGUUAACGACGUUGUUUUUAUAAUGUUGACAACUUAAUGCAAUGA